CACGGACGCUGUAAUAUCAGUCGUAAUAUAAGGUAUGGGGAGGGUUGUUUUUCUAGUACGCAGCAGUCGAAAAAUGUGCAGAUGUAUAGGAGACUGAUACGGAUAUACAAAUAAAGAUGCUCCCCUUCCUUCUCUAACAUAAGCGUUGAAAAAACGCUGAGUGGGUCACUAAUUCAACCGGGGCCAAAUGUCUGGCAAUAACAGCAUCGUGUUCGGGAAGGUCCGGAAUACGGAAUACAUGAAGAAGUUCCGGGAUCCGAAGUGGGAGACGUUCUCGAAAUGUUACGAGGACUCCUUGAAAUACAGGCUGAGCCGGCGGGUGAUGGAACAAACACACAGACCGCUGUUCGUGGAUGGCUGGGACAGCGGGUCCGAGUCGAGCGGACGGUCCAGUCCGAAGCUGAAUGAGGUAGAUGUGUCGAACGGCAAGCAUCACACAUCAUCUUCAGAGUCUAGGAACGAGAAAGCCGAGGUUCUGAACUCCUUGAAGCCACAAGUGAAUGGUGACAUUCAUACGGAUGCUAGUACUGUGGACGGCUUGCCUCCUUUGGAAAACGGUUUUAAAACUGCCAACGGACCAUCGGAAUCCAUUCCAAAACGCCGUCCCAGACAGCGAACAACUCGUUUAGAACCACGCUAUCCUGAUAAGGACCUGGACAGUGAUACAUCACAUCUAUCCGCGUUGAGAAAGUCAUCCAGAGCGAAGAGCCAACCGCCUGGCAAUACCAACCAGCGGACGUCCAACUGUGAGAACAGACGCUCUUUUAUCCGGCACGACUGGGCAGAAAAUCAUAUUGAGACCAGGAACAGACAGACACCAAACAUGAGAGCGUCUGUGUCCGCUGGAGAGGUUCACCGGGCUGACGUGGGUGUGCAGACGAGACGGGAGUCCGAAAAGCGCGGGAGAGGAUCAGAUCAGCGUAGGGCGAGGUCUGCUGACCUGGAGAAGUGUCGCCGCUCACAGCUGAGCAUUGGGGAUGGACGAUGGAUGACCGAGUACAUGCGAUGCUUCUCUGCUCGACUUAGGUAGACGACUGAUCCAGGAUCAGUUUCGCCUUUAGACUAUAAUUGAGGAUGUGAGGAAUUCAGGUAACAGAUCUCAAACCAGCACUACAGAAUGAUUUUAAAACAGUUAUUCAGAUGGGCAGUCCCUGAAGGAUUCUUAUAUUUGUAUAGACCGUUUCAUCGGACGCGCACCCUGACUGACCCCCAGUGGACUUCCGGUUUGUGUUUGGCUAGUGUCUAAUAUGUAACUAUUUAUAUUUUAUUUAAUGUAUGGUAAUAUUCAUUUAUAUUAUUAUUUUACUGUAUAAUAAUUGUAUUAAAUAAAGAUUUGUUGUAUGUUCAUUGUAUUAAUUAAACAAUUAUUAUUAUUAAGAAACCGCAUGGUACAUUGACAUCUAGCGGUUGAGCUUGGUAUCGCAGUCUAGGUUCAAAAUAUUAGAGAGCAAGUUUAGCCAUCCAACGGUUCUUCUCUGUUUCUUUUGCUUGUUAUCAGAAAUAAUCUACAGCCACUCACAUAUUGUUUGUGAAUGUGUACCGGAAGUUAACUGUGGGUCAGGCAACGUUUGUUUAUGUUGUCACUUUGAAACCGUCUAUAAAUAUGAUAAGAGAAGGAAAAUAUGAAAUGUAUAAUAAAUUACUCAUUAAAAUAACGAUAAUUGCAUAUUUUUUGGAGAACGGCUAGUCACUUUCUCAUGAAUGCAUAGAAGGACCAAACAUUUUAAUCUUGAACCGAAACACAUUGGGUAUUGUGAUGUAUUUUCAUACAUUAAAUAUUCAUAUCUUGCUUCUGUUCACAUUUUUGUUACAUUUUAUUUCCAGUUCUAUAUUUGAUCAUUUUUCUAAUCUCAAUUUUUAUCUGAUGUCCCACUUAAAAUAUUUAAAACAAAACAAAUUGACAAGUUUGUUUCUUAUCCUCCUGGCAAAUAAUUUGAUACAUUUUAGGCAUCAAGGAAAAUUCAUAAUAUAGGCUAGUAUAAAGUAUAGAAAAAUCCUAAUUCGUUUUUAUUUGUCGUUUUUUGCUUGUUUGAAACAGAUUUAAUAAUAAGUGGACCAAACAAUUAACAGAGAGACAAGACCCGAGCACAUUUGUAACAGUCUAAAUCAUUGCGUUCCAUUGCUUUAAAUGUUUUAAUGUGAUUGAUGUUUGGUUUGUGUUUAUUUGGUUACAUGACCAAUGAGUUGUGUUUGAAAGCUGUUAGAAGUGCAGUGCUGUUUCAAAGUCAACGUGUAAUGUGAAACGUAUUUUGUAAGGAGGAGAAUUCUUUCACAUUUGCCUCACCAGUUAUCACCAGUAAAUCACUUUUCUUUCAAACUGAGGGCUAGAUGAAGGCAAUCACUUGAUUCUUGUUUCUGAAUGUGAUUAUACCAGACAUUGCAACUGUCUGCAUUAUAAUGCAUCAAGUUUAUUUGUUACACUGUAUAUUCUUUUAAAGAUUGUUAGACAUCUGAAUGAAAAUGCAUAAUGUGGGGUAGUGGGGCACCUGUAUAUAUUUUGCUUUAUUUAUUCUGUGUUUCAAAUGUUUCUGAUCUGCACUGGAUUUGCUUUGAACGAGUCUUGACGCUUUAUAUAAACCUCACACAUUGUUUUGGUCUUAAGGGACAGUUCACCCCAAAAUUUAAUUCUGUCAUCAUUUUCUCACCAUGUUAUUCCAAAAUGUCUUUUUCAUCCAAUUACAAUUAAUGAGAGCCUUUCCAGCUUUAUUAUUCCAGAUUGCCUUAGUAACCCUGACUGGGUCAGUCGCAUUUGUUGAAUCAUUUAGACUGGUUUUAUGAAUUAUAUCAACAGAUUCAUUAAAAAGUUUCAAGGAAUCAAGAAAAGCUAAUUAUAUGAGUUUAUAAAGGUGGUAAUAAAUGAUGGCAGAAUUUUCAUUUUUAAAUAGCUUAGCAUCUGGACUUUUGUAUGAAUCGUCUAUUUAUUUGUUAUUUUCUUGCUUGCAGUUUCACAAUGGAAACUUGUUUAUCGUUACUCACAAUGACACUCUUGAAUGGAAUAUGCUGUAUUGACCUGUUUAUUUUCUAGCAAUGUUUACAUUUUAAACCACUGUAUUUGUACAUGAGAACAUGCGCAGGUAGAUAUAUUUUCAUCUGCAAGACACAAAAAACACUGAAUGCUUUGCUGUGAAUAAACUAUGUUUGAGUAACAUCCGGU